AUCUCUUCAAAUAAAUCCUAUCGUUUGAUGUAAAGUAUGGAUAAGUCGGUUGAACGUACUGAAGGAGUUCUCGUUUAUAACCCUAAAACUGUACCUCAUGGUGCCAUACAGUUAAAUCCUUCUGAGGCACUUGCUCUGCGUCUUCAAAUAAUCAAUUCAUGGAACAAACCUCUAGAAGUGUUACCUCUUAAGUUUGGAGGAGAAGCGGUAACAUUAGCUACCUUUUUCUCAAGUUUACUUGUAACUUAUCGCUCAAGAUCGUUUUUUAAUAUGUUCACUAGAGUUGGACUUGCUUUGUCUUUGGUUCCAUGCGUACUUCUUCCUACUGGCAUCGCACACCACUGUUUUACCCGUUUUGUUUCUAAUCAAAUUCUUGUUGGACCCUCUAAUUCAAUGUUAUAUCCUGACUGUAGUAUUUGCUUACAAAUACGUGAAGCUCUAAUAAUGAAUACGUGUGGAUUGGUCCUACCCCUAGGCUUUGGCUUUCUCUCCUCCGCAGCCUCGGCACUUAUCACACGAUCUUACCCGGUACCUGACCUGCUUGAUGUUAAAAGUAUGUGGAGAAUGUUCAAACUCUAUAGUAACUCGUUUCGAACUGUUGGCACCUGUUUGCUUUUGGGUCAUACAGUAUUUGGAACAGCAUUGGUAUACGCUAUGAUGGAUAGUAAUCAACGUGUUCUCAGGCAGCAGAAGUUUAGUCCCAGUAGUGAUUCAUAUAAUGAAGGAUUCAUUGCAAAUUAA